AUGGCCUCCCAAACCGGCACCAUUCUCGUCACGGGCGCAAACGGCGGCCUGGGGUCGGCUAUCGUCGGCCACGUCAUCGGCUCCAACUCCCUCGCGAGGGACCUCCACGGCCUGUACGCCGUUCGCAACACCCAGCGAGCCGACGCCGUCCAGAAGGAACUCCAGAAGGCUGGCCCUGCGGGACACAAGUACGACCUAGUGCCCCUGGACCUGUCCAGUCUCGCGAGCACGCGCAAAGCAGCCCAAGACAUCAACAAGCGGGUCGCCGACGGCUCGAUCCCGCCCAUCCGGGCCCUCGUCCUGAGUGCGGCCUGGCAGGAGUACACGACGCACACCAUCACCGACGAUGGUUUCGACAUGACCUUCCAGGCCACAUAUUUGUCCCACUUUCUCUUGACGCUUUUGUUGCUGCGCAGUAUGGACAAGAAGCAUGGCAGGGUCGUGGUCUUGGCCAGCUGGUCGCAUGACACGGCGGACAAGAGGAACACCAUGGGGCCUCCGGGCAAUGCCUACUCGUACGAGAGGUACAACCAGAUCUUCAAGGAGCCCAUGGACACCGAGAGCCUCGCCCGAGGCAAAUGGAGCUCGGCGGAGGAGCACCCUGACAACCUGGAGGCCGGCUACAGGCGCUACGGUGCCGCCAAAUUGUGCGAGGUCAUGUUCAUGCGCGAACUGUCGAAGCGCAUCACGAAGGACCCCGACCUCUCCUCCAUAGCGGUCCUCGCGCUCGACCCGGGUGCCAUGCCCACCUCUCUCGGCACGCGCGGCUCCUUCGGCAUCCGGGCCCUCUUUGCCCUGAUGAACGUGGUGAAUCCGAUCAUGUCGUACAUACAGCCCGAUGGCGACAUGCGCACGACGGCACUGUCGGCCAGCCACGUCAUGCGAGCCUCCCUCGACACCGAGACCCUCGGCGAGCGCCCGAAUGGUGUUUACUUGGACGGCACGAGGGCGAGGGAAGUCAGCGAAGAGGCGAAGGACGAGGCGAAGUGUCGGAAGCUGUGGGAGGAUACUCUGGACUUUGCGCAGGUGCAGGAGGGCGAUACCGUGCUGGUGGAUUGGCGGUGA